GGCGCGAAGUAGGCAAAGCCAGCAGCGUCCAUCGGCGGGAAAACCCUGAAAAAUCGAGCAGCUGAAAAAGAAAAACCUAGAGUGACGAACAGGACAGACGAGGCGGAUUAUUGCAGAAAUGGAGUAGAAAUUGCGGGGGGAAAGCCAAGAUAGAAAGACGUAGGGUUUCGCUGCAAGACCAGGAGUAGAGGCUUGCAUUCGGGGAGAAAGCUGAUCUACUCUCUGUGUCAAUCGUCGGUGUUGGAGUAGGACGGUUGAAGUCGGUCGUUCGGCCGUUGAUUGGAUCCGUAGUAGGCCGUAGUUACUCUUCUCUCCGGCGCCUUCUUCUACCUAUACAUACAAAGCAUCGGCUCUCCUUAGACUUCACAGUAUCAUUGCUCACUUCAUCGGCUGUUGAAGAUGUCGGACGGUCAUUUCUUCAACAACAUCUCCCUCGGCGGCCGCGGCGGCACCAACCCUGGGCAGAUCAAGAUAACCUCGGCGGGUAUACAGUGGAAGAAACAGGGAGGUGGUAAAGUUGUCGAAGUCGAUAAAUCUGAUGUUUCUGGAUUGUCUUGGACAAAGGUACCAAGAAGCAAUCAACUUGGUGUUCGUAUAAAAGAUGGAUUAUACUACAAGUUUACUGGCUUCCGUGACCAGGAUGUUAGUAGCCUGAGCAAUUUUUUCCAAAGCAAUUUUGGAAAAACUCCAGAAGAGAAACAACUGUCUGUCAGUGGACGCAACUGGGGGGAGGUUGACUUAAGUGGCAAUAUGCUAUCUUUUAUGGUUGGUUCAAAGCAAGCAUUUGAGGUGUCCUUAGCAGACGUUUCACAAACUCAAAUGCAAGGCAAAAACGAUGUUAUCUUGGAGUUCCAUGUGGAUGACACAACAGGAGCUAAUGAGAAAGACUCACUGAUGGAAAUGAGUUUUCACAUUCCCACCAAUAACACUCAAUUUGUUGGUGAUGAGAACCGUCCUGCUGCUCAGGUCUUCCGUGAAAAGAUUAUGUCAAUGGCAGAUGUUGGUGCCGGGGCUGAAGAGGCCGUCUCCCUGUUUGAAAAUAUUACUGUUCUAACGCCGAGGGGUCGCUACAAUGUGGAACUUCACCUAUCAUUCUUACGUCUCCAAGGGCAGGCCAACGAUUUCAAAAUUCAAUACAGCAGCGUAGUUCGCCUCUUUUUACUUCCAAAGUCUCACCAGCCACAUACUUUUGUCAUUGUGACUCUUGAUCCGCCCAUCCGAAAAGGACAAACUCUAUAUCCACAUAUUGUCUUUCAGUACGAUACAGAACUAGUUGUGCAACAAACAUUGUCAAUUAGCGAUGAGCUUUUGAAUGGGAAGUACAAGGGCAAAUUAGAGGCAUCAUAUAAGGGACUUGUUCAUGAAGUAUUCACAGCGAUUCUACGAGGUUUAUCUAGUGCCAAAGUAACAAAACCAGGGAAAUUCCGCAGCUGUCAAGAUGGGUAUGCUGUGAAGUCAUCCUUGAAGGCUGAAGAUGGGCUCCUUUAUCCUCUUGAAAAGAGCUUCUUCUUCCUACCUAGGCCUCCGACCCUGAUUCUUCACGAGGAGAUUGACUAUGUGGAAUUUGAGAGGCAUGCUGCUGGGGGCUCAAAUAUGCACUACUUUGAUCUCCUAAUUAGAUUAAGGACGGAGCAAGAACAUCUAUUCCGGAACAUCCAGCGGAAUGAGUACCAUAAUCUUUAUAGCUUCAUCAGUGGGAAGGGUUUGAAGAUAAUGAACUUUGGAGAUAUGAAAGCUGCAAAUGGGGUGGCAGCUGUCUUACAGAAUGACGAUGAUGACGAUGCGGUUGACCCUCAUCUCGAGCGCAUUAAAAACGAAGCUGGUGGAGAAGAUAGUGAUGAGGAGGAUUCGGACUUUGUUGCUGAUAAAGAUGAUGGAGGCUCACCUACAGAUGAUUCAGGAGAUGAUUCAGAUGGCAGCAACAGCGGAAAUGAGAAAGAGAAGCCUAUUAAAAAGGAGUCUGCAAAGGAAGCUUCUUCUUCCAAGGCCAUGUCGAAGGGAAAGAAAGUCAGAGAAGGCGAGGAAGACGGCUCAAAGAAGAAGAAACAGAAGAAGAAGAAGGAUCCCAAUGCACCAAAGAAGGCUCUGUCUGGUUACAUGUUCUUCUCCCAAAACGAAAGAGAGGACGUGAGGAAAAGCAACCCUGGGAUUGCGUUUGGGGAAGUUGGCAAAGUGCUUGGUGAUAGGUGGAGGGCGAUGUCAGCCGAGGAGAAACAACCAUAUGAAGAGAUGGCUCAAGCAGACAAGAAACGCUACCAAGAUGCAUUGAGUGGAUACAAAAACCCACAGCCGAUGGACAUAGACUCCGACCAUGACUCCGACAGUUCGUAAUUGGCAACAACGCAAGCUAGUCGCCCGUUUCCAAAUCUGUUGGGGAAGCCCUGAUCCCCCUACUUACCUGCCGUUUCUUGUUUCGAUGCUCUACCCCCGUCUUUGCUACAAACAUUGUCGUCGUUAAACCGGUUCCUAUUUCCGGUGGAAACCUCGGUGGUAGUAGUAUCGCUACUCUAUUAGCUGUUUGAUACCUUGCGUAGCUGCUGCACUUGUGCUGUCUAGAGAUGGAAGGUUCCUUCCUUCGUUACCUAAGUACCAUGUUCCAUUAUCCAUGGCGACACAGGCAAACGUGUGAGCAAUCAAUUGCCCACGGAUUACAAACAAUGUGGCAUACUCCUGUGUUAUCCAUUGGGGGAGCAGAGCAAAUUACGCACUCGAAAGCGGAGCCUCGGGGGAAAACUGAUAAGGUUGUUCGUGGGAAGAGGAGACCAGUCCAUGGAAAAACUAGGUUCGAAUUUGAAUAAAAAAUACUGGCUAUCGAAUGAUCUUACAUACUAUGUUAUAGCAUCAAUAUGAUUGAGGGAAGCAAUAUGAAAAGAAUCUUGAUGUGAUUUGAAUCGGACUAUCUGAUUACGAUUGGGAAUCGGACUAUCUGACUACGAGU